GUCAAACGUCUCUAUUGUUGCGCAUAUUAAUUAGUAAAUAAAUAUAUUCAUGUUCAUUUUUUUUAUAUUUAAUUAAAUAUUAAAAAAAAAAGUAAAAAAUCGGUCUAAGACGUAGUGUUUUAAGAAUUAAGAAAAUUUUCCAUUUACACUUCCCGUAGCUAAUGCGAUAUGAUUUUUAAAUGACGAAUAUGAGACCUCCAAAUAAAACAAUAUUAUUAAAAGUUGUAAUCCUAGGUGAUGGAGGUGUUGGUAAAAGUUGCCUUAUGAAUCGAUUUGUUUCAAAUCGUUUCGAUGAGAAUAGUUUUCAUACAAUUGGUGUAGAAUUUAUGAACAAAGACAUUGAAGUAGAUGGUGUUAAAUAUACUUUACAGAUAUGGGAUACUGCGGGACAGGAACGUUUUCGUGCUCUUAGAACUCCAUUUUACAGAGGUUCCGAUAUAUGUCUUUUGGCCUAUGCAAUAGAUGAUCGUGAUAGCUUUAGGGGAUUAAAACAAUGGCGUGAAGAAUUUUUGAAAUAUGCUGAUGUUAAACCAGAUAAUUUUCCAUUUAUUGUAGUUGGAAAUAAAAAUGAUAUUGGUCCACAAUUUCGUCAGAUAACAUUAGAAGAGGUAUCAUCUUGGUGUCAAGAAUAUCAUAUAUCUAGCUUUAUAGAAACUUCAUCAAAAAAUGCUAUUAAUGUUACUGAAGCUUUUAUGUUGGCUGUGAAACAAUGGCAACGUUUAGAAAAAAGUACAGAACGAGAAUUAAGAGCACAAGGUGAUACAAUAGAUUUAACUACUGGUGUACGUUUACAACAUUCAAAUAGUAAAUUUUGUUGUGGUGGUGGUGGUGGUAUUGGUAGCCGUUCUAAUUCACCAGCAAUAAGUCGAGAUGAUUUUUAAUUCUGAAACGGUUACAAAAAAUUAAAGAAAUAAAAAAUGUAUAAUUCAAGAUCAAGGACUAUUAUUAUAGUAAGUUAAUUUAAUAAAUAAUAUUUAAAGGAAAAUAUUAUAGAAAUUAAAUUCAACUCAUAUUAUAUUUAUAAAGAUUCAAGAAAAAGAAAAAUAGUAGCUAGAACUUGAUAUUAAAUUAAGUUUUAAAACUUAAAAAUUAAAUCACACAAUAUAUAUA